AUGGGCGCGAACUUUUCCGCGAUCAAGACAUUGGUUGUCCCCGCGAUCAUAGCCUUGAUCCUCUACCUCGUCCUAACAUUCGCCGCCAUUCCCAUUUGGCAACGAUACCGCAACCGCUACAGCCAGUAUCUGCCGCUCGAAACAAUAACAGAUGGGGCCUCGUCCUUACGUCAACGCAUCACCGAUCGCAUCACGACAUGGUUCAUAACUUCGGCGUGGAGAGCCAGACUGCAAGAUCGCAUCAAUGUGGCCGAUCACCGGCCAAGUACGGAUUUCAAUUCCGAUGAUGGGGAGGAGCUGAAUGAUGUGGAUGAGGCUCUCAGGAGGGCUUUGGAGCGCCGGGAACAACCUUCGAUUGACGAUAGCAAUAGGAGGCUAAGUAGAGAUCUGGAGCAGGGCUUUCGAGACGAUAGCGACGAAGAGGAUGAUGAUCGCACGAGGAGGUGA